UAAGAUAAGGGAGGCCUAGUUUCAAUGUCAUGUUCAUAGACAGUCCUCAGUCCGUGAAUCAUGUCAUUCCUCAGACUCCUGAUCUUCACGUGCAUGGUGACAGCGAGCACGUGCAGUUUACCGUUUGACUGGUGCUCCCUACCUCAGUGGGAGUCGGUACAGCGCACACUGCAAGGAGUCAUCAAGAAUGACGUUCCUAACAUGGAAACGAGCAGCUUCAAAAUAUCGUACGACCAGAAUCAUUCGAGAAUAGCGACCACACAGCCACAAGACGGACAAUCACCAGAAGUCCAGAAAAUCUACGAUUACACACAUAAAACAUUGUACAUAGUCGAAAACGACACCUGCAGAAAAGUCCUGCUGAAUGAAACUUUCAGAAAAGCAUGCAUUCCACGGGACGCCAACUUCAGCUGGGACAAGACCAGAUACGGCAUGGACUACGACAACGCAGUAUGGAUUCAAGAAUUCCGAGGCACAGAGGAAGGCAUCAGAUACAUCCUGCAGACUACGUACGACCACAUGCCGGUGUUUGAGACAAUCUACGGAGUUAUUAACGGAGAGUAUAUGUUUUCUAACUAUGCCUUCGUCAACACAACGAUUGGAAUCAAGAACCCGGAUGUGUUCGUCCCGCCACCUAGCUGCAAGGGGGCGAACUACGAGCCCGCUGUUCCAAGAAGACCUGGGUUUAUGACGUUCUGAGAAGAGGCAGAACAGUGAGCAUAAAGACAUCCAGAAAUGACAAUAGCA